AUGAUCAAGUUGUCACAGAAGAUGGGGAAACGGAAGAAUGUGAAUUACAAGUCAUUCUGAAUGGUGAUAUGAAAUGGGCACAUUCAGGAACCUUAUUAAUGGAGCAUGUUCAGGAGUACUAUCGAAAAUAUAUUCUCAAAAGACCUUGUUUCACUUCAAAGCAAAGUGGUGAGACAUGGGUUAAAUAGCUCCUAGAUUGUCAUGAUAGAAGAUUUUAUAAUGCAUUUAGAAUGGAAAAGGAUAUAUUUCUAAGUUUACUUCAUACUUUGGAAAGUAAGUACGAACUAUGCGGCUCAAUUAAUAUGUCAACAAUGGAAGCACUUGCAAUGUUCCUAUACAUAUUGGGUCAUGGAGAGUCAAAUAGAGAAAUUCAAGAACGCUUUCAAAGGUCUGGUGAAACAGUUAGCAGAUACUUUAAUAUGACAUUAGAAAGCAUUAUAAGCAUGGCUUCUGAUGUGAUUCAACCAUCUGAUCGCCAAUUUAGAGAUACCCCAGAACAAAUAAAAAAAGAUCGCAGAUUUAUGCCGCAUUUUAAGGAUUGUAUUGGUGCAAUUAAUGGUACACAUAUUCCAGCUUCCAUCCCUGUUUUAGACCAAUUGCCAUACAUCGGACGAAAAGGGGUGCCAACACAAAAUGUGAUGGCUGUAUGUGACUUUAAUAUGUGUUUUACUUUUGUACUAGCAGGUUGGGAAGGAUCUGCUCAUGAUGCAAAUGUUUUUUAUAAGGCCCUACGUCAAGAACAAUGGAAAUUCCCACAUCCUCCGCCUGUGAUUGCUUGUAUGGCUUUGCAUAACUACAUACGACGACAUGCUGGUAGCAAAGAUUCUGAUUUUUCUAAAUUUGAAGACGAAGAUGAUGAGUUCGAGGAAGAUUCUGAUAAUGAAGAAAGUUCUACUAAUCAUCGCAGUGGCACCAAUGAAACACAAAUGAACUUGCUUAGAAAUGAAAUAGCAGACAAUUUGACCUGCGUGCGGCAGCCCAAUCCACCACCAGUCCAGCAGCUGCCCAGGACGAAGAACACGCACCAGGCAGCUGCGAGGAGCGAGGAAACAGCAGGGAGGGCGUUCGACGAUAUGCCUGAAAGAAUGAACAUGCAGGAAACCAAUCUGGGCUCAUCAUCAUCACCUCCCUGGAAGUUUGGUUCCCAAGCUCAAGGAUGGAUGCUUCUUAUUUUCGGCUCCGUUUCAUUCAUUCUAUUUGCUUUCGCUGCUGGGUUGUCCAAGCUUCUUCCAGCUUCUGGUAAUCCUAUAAUAUCAGCCAUUCAAAAUGACAGAUACUAUUGCUUUCUGGUACCUUUGACACUUCCUGUUCUUGUUGUUGCUGUAUAUUUCCACUGGCUCAGCAUGAAACUCUUCAAGCAUGCUUAGGAUGUUUCCUAUGUUUCUAAGAAUUUGCAUUAUGACCAUGGUGGCACUGGAGAACUACGGAAUACUAUUGCUUGCCCUUGUUCUUUUCACCUUAAACAUGACCGAGAAUUGAAGUCGCGAAGCUAGAGAUUGUGUUUGAAGUCUCGAAGAUGGAAACAGGUGACUGAAACUUGUGUUUUUGAAUUUGGAAAAAUUGCCAACCGCCACCAACACCCCCACGCGAGUGAUGAUUUGUGUUUUUGAAUUUGGAAAAAUCUCCUUCCACUUUUAAUUGUGCUACAGAGUAACUUUUUGUCUCGCCGAUUAAGGCAACAUAAAAAAAUGUGGGGCUUGUG